AUGUCGCGAGCUAUUUCCAAAACAAGCUUACAGUCAGAUUCGAUAAAUAGAUCGACCAUCCUGAGAGAAAUUCCAAGGGAGCCUUCUUUGGCCGAUACUCCACAGAACGCUGUACAUAGGGUAUCAUGGGGUAAGCCUCUAGAAUUCAUACUUGCUUGUAUGGGCUACGCCAUCGGUCUGGGGAACGUGUGGCGGUUCCCAUACCUCAUUUUUAAGAACGGAGGUGGUGCUUUCCUAAUACCGUUCUUGAUCAUGUUGGUCUUUAUCGGUCUUCCUCUUUUCUUCCUCGAGUUAUACAUUGGACAGUACACUGGUUUAGGACCAAUAAAAGCGUUUGCUGCUAUAGGACCUUUCUUCAGUGGCUUGGGAAUCUGUACUUUAAUGGUCAUGACUUUAAUUUGUGUAUACUACAUGAUCAUUGUAGCUUGGACUCUUUUUUAUGUUUUAGUAUCUGUAGCUGGAAAUCUUAAUUGGGGGUCGUGUAAUAACUACUUCAACAGUGAUAAUUGCUACAGUGGGCAAUACGACACUUUUUGUCGAUUACACAAUAAUAAUACUGUACAUGAUCUUACUUAUUUUCAUAGGCAAUGCAUCAGUAUAAAAUCAAUUUGUAUUGAGAAAGAAUUGAUAGAAUUCAAUGCUACGCAUUGUGUAAAUGGAUCGAUACCUCAACUUUGGUACACUGGACUUAACCGAAUUUUGGCAUCUGAGGAAUAUUAUAAUGAAUACGUGCUCGGUAAAGGUAAUGCUACUUGGGAUGACUUCGGACCCGUUCAAUGGCCAUUAGUUGGCACCCUUUUCUUUUCAUGGUUUAUUGCCUUCCUCUGUUUUAUUCAGGGGGUCAAAUUAAUGGGCAAGGUAGUGUAUUUCACAGCACUGUUCCCAUACGUAAUGUUGACUGCUUUGUUUAUCAGAGGAGUCACUUUGCAAGGAGCUGUAGAUGGCAUUAAGUUCUAUUUAAUGCCAGAUUGGAAAGCGCUUACACAACCUGCAGUAUGGGGUGACGCUGCCUCGCAGAUUUUUUAUUCCUUUGGAGUAGCUUGCGGCUCUCUGGUCACACUAGCUUCGUACAAUAACUUCUACAACAAUAGUUACAACGACGCAGUAUUUGUUAGUCUGGCAAACUUUUUAACUUCUUUCUACGCUGGCUUUGCUAUAUUCUCCGUUCUCGGAUUCCAGGCGUAUAAAAUGGGCGUCAGCAUUGAUGACAUUGCUGAUAGCGGCCCAGGCUUGGCGUUCGUGGCGUAUCCAGAAGCGUUACUUCAAAUGCCCUUACCUAUAUUUUGGUCGAUCCUGUUUUUCUCAAUGUUGUUCGUCUUGGGCAUUGGCAGCCAGCUUGCUGGUAUAGCAGCAAUUAAAUCGGCAAUUUUGGAUUACUGGCCUAUGAAAGGAGAGUGGAAGCUUUCAGCAUUCAUUUGUUUUGUUUUAUUCGUCCUGGGAAUCCCGAUGUGCCGGAGUGGAGGAAUAUACUUACUAACCGUAGUGGACUGGAAUACGGCCUCCUGGGGUGUUCUUAUUAUUGGCGUAUUAGAAUGCGUAUCAGUAUCCUGGAGUUAUGGUAUCAACAAAGCCAUGCGAGAUCUGACAAGUAUGAAUAUCAAGUUCGGACCAUACAUGACAUUAUUUUGGAAAGUUGUUUGGUGUUUCAUACUUCCUUUUGGUAGUAUGGGUAUCCUCGCGUUUGUUUUUAUCCACUGGUCGAGUGCGUAUUAUGAAGAUUACGUAUUUCCAUGGACCGCUAAUCUUUUUGGUUGGGUGAUUGGGAUUUCCACCUUAAUUCCGUUCCCUAUUUGUUUGAUAUAUAUCAGCAUGCAAGGAUACCGAGGCAAAGCGUUAUUCACACCCACCAAUGCGUGGAAGCGAUCUGUUGCAUCCACUGUCCAGGUCCCUCGGCUCACCAAAAUAAGGUCAAAGAAUGUAGCCUAUGACAUUUUUUAUGGUAGCUUUCGCUACAUCAUGUGACAAUUACUUAAUUUGUUAUUUGUGAAGUCAAGUGACGGCAAUGAUCGUGCAUUUUCUGUUAUUUGGUUGUUUUUUGGUGGCAUUUACUGUAUUAAAUCUUUGAGAAGCGAUAUAAAUCUUUGGAAAAUAACGUUAAUUUGUAACUUUUGAUAAACGU